AUGAAGGACACGGUAACCAUCCAGACCAGGAAGUUCAUGACAAACCGUCUGCUUCAGUGGAAACAGACGGUCACUGAUGUCCUUCAUUCUGGGACGGCCACCGUUCCAAAGACAGAAAUUCGGGAAAAGCUGGCCAAGACGUACAAAACCACACCAGAUGUCAUCUUUGUAUUUGGAUUCAGAACCCACUUGGGUGGUGGCAAGACAACCGGCUUUGGCCUGAUCCAGGAUUCUUUAGAUUAUGCGAAGAAGAAUGAGCCUGAACACGGACUUGCAGGACAUGGCCUUUAUGAGAAGAAAAAGACCUCCCGCAAACAGAAUGAAGACGGUCAGGGGACUGCAAAGGCCAAUGCUGGUGCUGGCAAAAAGCCAAAGGAGUAG